CGGGAGAGGGUCGGUGUUCCACGGCGAGCCCGCUGAGGCCGCAGCUCCGCUGGGCGCGACCGCAUCGCAUUGCCCGGCAGCCCGCAGGUGACGGGGAGGGGAAGCUCGCCCCAAAUCUAUCCCGGGAUCCCCGGAAUUCCCAUUGCCAGACUUUGGCUGGAUGGAGGAAGAGAAGGCUGUGAGGAGGAGGAAGUUGUCCCGGGAACCCCAGGCAGACAAGGAGCCCAGGGAGGACAAAUCCCCUCAGCAGAACCUCGUGGAAGAGGCUGUUUUGAGUGGCUCCAUGGCACAGGAAUGCAACGGGGAGGAAAAGCCGCGGAGAUCCUGCCCGAGGAGGGGCUCCAAACCCAUGCCAGGGCGCUCCAAGGAGGAAGGACCCACCCUGUGUCAGGAAGGCAGCCAGAGAUGUGGCCAGAGCUCUGAGCUGGUGGUGCAUGAACAGCUUCACAAUGGCAAGAAGCUGCACCAGUGCUCGGAAUGUGGGAAGAGUUUCUGUGCAAAGUCCAGCCUGGUCCGGCACCAGAAGAUCCACACUGGGGAACGGCGCUACGAGUGUGGGAAAUGUGGGAAGCGCUUCAGGGACACCUCUAACCUGCUCCGCCACCAGAGAGUCCACACUGGGGAACGGCCCUAUGAGUGUGGGGAGUGUGGGAAGAGCUUUGCUGACAGCUCCAACCUGAUUGUCUACAAGAGGAUCCACACUGGGAAACGGCCUGUUGCCUUCGAUAUGAGGCAAUGGCGACCUGGUUUCAAAGAGUCAGCACGGCAACUCGACUCCUCGAGUCACUCGGUCCAUUAACACGCUUACACCAAUUUGGUGGACGGCAAAUGGCGGUUUAUUGUAUUACACAUGGGGUUAAAUAGUCUAAAGGGUCUUCUACUAUGUCAGUGGGAGGGCAAAGGAUCUAAAGGUCAGUGGUUGGUGGGAAGCUAAUGGGGCUAGGAGGGGCCACCACCGAAGGGACGGGGGGAGGGUCCUUAUCUUCCCGUGACAUCACGUGAUCUUCCGAGCGCCUGUCCCUAGCUAUCACCCACACAUCUCCCCCCCCCCUUUUCACAAAAAAAAAUGAGGUAGUUAGAGGCAUUGGAGAAAAGGGGUACAAGGUAGUAACUUGAUAAAAAAAAAGAAGGGGUUUGGAAAACUUGAGUAAAUUCUGCGAAGCUGACUAGGCAGAACUUUGCAACUGGCAGUGUUCACAGUUUGGUUUACAACAAUUGUUGCUGUCCUACAAAUAGAAUGUUGGCCCGUUCUAGGCGUGUUUGAAUAAAUGUGACCAGCUUGUUUAACAGGCAUGGUCCAAUGGCGAGAGCUAAGAGUAACAUUGCCAGUGGACCUAUCAAUGUGGAAAUUAGGGUGGUGAGCCAUGGCGAUUGAUCGAACCAGGACUCGAACCAGCCCUGUUGGGCUUCCCUGUCUUUCUUUCUCUGAGCCAGUCUAUCUCGGAGUUCUGCCAUGGAGUCUUUAACGACUCCUGUAUGAUCAGCAUAAAAGCAAUAUUCUUCUUUCAAGGCGGCACACAAGCCUCCUUGUUGCAUGAACAGGAGGUCUAGUCCCUGCCUGUUCUGCAGGACGACUUCUGAAAGUGAGGAAACCGAUUUCUCCAGGAAGGAGAUGGAUUUCUCGAUCUUCUGCAAGUCUUCGUCGAUAGUCAUUUGUAAUUGAGAAAGUCUUUGGUGUUGGGUCACGAGGGCUGAGACACCUGUGGCUGUACUGGCUGCUCUCAGGCCGAGCAGCAUCGCGAUGGUUACCCCUGUUAUUAUCUCUCGCUUGUGGAGCCGGCUCGGUUCUUCGGAAAGUUGACACACCUCUUCGUCUGAGCGGUACAAGACCCUAGGAACAAUCAGAACUUGGAUACAAAAAUCAUCAGAGUCAUUGAAUUUGGCCAGGGACACACAAGGACUCACUCCAGACCGUUGACAAACCUACAUUCCGGAUGCAGCUGGGAUCACCUACUUAUUGAUCUUCUUGUCAGGUUUGACAACUUCGGUGCAAACAUUUCCCUUCUGCUUGGCUAAAGUUGCACUGCUAAAGCAUUUUCCCUGACCCGUGACUUGACUCAAGGUGAUUCCUCUGCGGGGAGUGUCCCACUUGCACUGGUGGGGGACAUCAGCUGUGGAAUAACUGAAUGGGAUGUUUAGAGCAACUCCUUCAUAGAAAGGAGGUUUAACAUCGUAACAGAGCCAGCAUGGAUUGGUUAGGUUUGGGUUGGAUUCAUUCAGAGAUGAAAAGGUAGCUUCUAGCAUGCGGAAAAUGGGAUUCGGGUCAGACACGGCUAAGUGGUCUAUCUGAAAGGCAUCUGCAUAGCUGGUCGGGGUAUUGGUGACUUUUGUGGGCAAAGAUUUGGGGUGGAUUGUGCUUUUCCUUUUUUGUGAGUCUCUAAUAAUUUCUUUGG